CUUAUAAGCCCUAGCGCCUUGAUACCUUUCUGCCUCCAGUUUGCGUCCAGAAAGCUCAGGGUGGAUACGUAGCUUAACUGCGGGAGCGAGGCACCUCUCCGGGCAAGGAUGGUGAGAGUCAGCGUCCUGAAUGAUGCUCUCAAGAGCAUGUACAAUGCUGAGAAGCGUGGGAAAAGACAAGUCAAAAUCAGACCAUCUUCAAAAGUUAUCAUCAAGUUCCUCCUCGUAAUGCAGAAGCAUGGCUAUAUCGGCGAGUUCGAAUAUGUUGAUGAUCAUAGAUCAGGCAAGAUUGUGGUGGAAUUGAAUGGGCGUUUGAACAAGUGUGGUGUCAUUAGCCCAAGGUUUGAUGUUGGUGUUAAGGAUAUUGAGCCAUGGACUGCAAGAUUGCUCCCUUCGCGUCAGUUUGGGUAUAUUGUGCUGACAACUUCAGCAGGCAUCAUGGAUCAUGAGGAAGCUAGGAGGAAGAAUGUAGGCGGCAAGGUUCUUGGAUUCUUUUACUAGUUAAAAAAAAGUUUUUGAAUGAAUUUUGAAGAUUGUCUUUAAGUGCAUUUGCUUGAUGUUUGCCUGGAUUUCUUUUGAAGUUUGAAUGGUGUCAGGCUGCUUGUUAUCUUUGGAUCUUGAGGCAUAUAUUUCCCAUUUGUGUUUGCGUAAAAUUUUAUUUUAUAUUUGGUUGAUUUGUAAUA